AUGGCAGAACGAGGUGGUCAACGCGGCGGCGAGCGCGGUGGUUUCGGGCGUGGAUUCGGUGGUCCGAGAGGAGUACAUGUACAUCGUAGAGGCCGAGUCACGGAGGAGGACAAAUGGGUUCCAGUGACCAAGCUUGGUCGUCUCGUGCAGAACGGUAAAAUCCAGAUGUUAGAACAGAUCUAUUACCAUUCUCUUCCCGUUAAAGAACAUCAGAUCAUCGAUCUACUUGUCGGUCCUUCGUUGAAAAACGAAGUGAUGAAGAUAAUGCCUGUUCAGAAACAAACCAGAGCUGGUCAGAGAACGAGGUUUAAGGCCUUCAUUGUCGUCGGUGACGGUAAUGGUCAUGUUGGAUUGGGAGUGAAAUGUUCUAAAGAAGUGGCUACUGCCAUUAGAGGAGGGCUUAUUCUCGCUAAGCUAUCUGUGAUUCCAGUGAGAAGAGGUUAUUGGGGUAACAAAAUCGGGAAGCCACACACUGUGCCUUGUAAGUUGACUGGGAAAUGUGGUUCUGUUACUGUGAGGAUGGUUCCAGCUCCGAGAGGUACUGGUAUUGUGGCGGCUAGGGUGCCUAAGAAGGUUCUUCAGUUCGCUGGAAUUGAUGAUGUCUUUACCUCUUCAAGAGGAUCUACUAAAACCUUUGGGAACUUUGUCAAGGUAUAA